GUCAACCAACAACAGGUUUUGUGAAAUCGUCGGGCAAGUUGUUCACUUAUUUGAACCACUAAUCACAUUAAAACUGGUUAUUCAGAAACAAUGUGUUGUGGGCAUGGACAAUUGUCAGACUAUGCAUCUCACUCUCAGGGGAUUUCCAGAUCUUUAAACAAUUGGUAUCUCAGUGCCAACAGAACUGUCCCUCACUAUUCACACGUUGGACCCGACUUUCACGUAGUUCUCAUGAAGCAUGCCCGUGAGCCACUAAGCAGGCCAGUUUGGCAGCACAUUGUGAUAUCAAAUCACACAAACACUACCGCCACUGUCCCCAAUAAGUAUCCAAAGAGGUAGCCUCUAAACAUUGCAUGUUCAAAGCUCAUGGCCUUGUCCCUUGCCAGCUUGCUUUGAUAGCUGCAUGCUUAUCGUUCCCCCCACCUAUAAAUGCAUCAGCUCUGAACCACCGGUUCCAUCCAGAAGCAAAGCACUACAUCUAGAUUAACACUUGACACAAAACUCUGAGUUAUCUGCCAAGAACGAAGGAGAUAUACAACCAUGGUCAGUGCGAAGAGACUUUCUCAAAUGAUAAAGAAGUGGCAAAGAGUGGCAGCCAUCGGGAGGAAGAGGCUUAUGUGGACGGCAGCGAAUGAAGUCGAUGAGUGCUGCACAUCUGUGGUAGUGAAGGGCCACUGUGCCAUGUACACUGCCGACGGGAGGCAGUUCGAGGUGCCAUUGGUGUUCCUCAGCACAACGAUCAUUGAAAGGCUCCUGAGGAUGUCUCAGGAUGAGUUUGGCUUCACAAGUGACGGGAGGAUCACACUGCCUUGUGAUGCAGCAGUGAUGGAGUAUGUCAUGUGCUUGCUCAGAAGGAAUGCAUCAGAAGAGGUAGAGACAGCUUUCCUGAGCUCCGUGGUCAGACCCUGCCACCAUGGAAAUGGUUUGGAGCUAUCCAUGGGAGUUAGCCAGCAAAUAGCUGUUUCUAGCUUCUGAUGAUUCAGUAUUUGUUUUACUUUUUUUCUCUCUGUCCAUUUUUGGGAUGAUGUAAAUAGUUCUAUAUAGAACAUAGGAAAUGAAAAAAGGGUACCACAAGUUGACUAUUUGACUUCG